CUACUUCUCUCUCUCUUUCUUCUUUUCCACUUUCCCUUCAUUACUUUUGCUUUCAAAUUCUCCCUUUUCGAUCAUCGAUUAAUCUAAAGCAACUGUGAAAUCGUCUCUUCCCUUGUACAGAAUUCAAAAGGAAGACAUUUGUGUUAUAUGGAUUGGCGCAGAUAUUCGGCCACCUGCAUUCACACGCAGCUUUCUGUUUUGUGAAUUUCUCUUUUUGAAGUAACUCCGUUUUCAUACGCUCCGGAGCUCGUUCAAGUUCUCUGUCGUCCAUUCAUCCUCUCCAAUUCGAGUAGGAUUAUUAUGAUGUCAAAUCAGAAACUUCAGUUUGACUCUGUAUAUGUGUCGAGAUGCCGUGGGACGAGCCCUGUAUUGCCUUCAGUGUCCAGAUUUAGGAGUGGUUAUCUGCCUUCUGGAGUGAAUGUCAAUCCAGUGAUGGUUAAUCAAUCAGAUUCUGACAUGGAUACAUUUGAUUCUUCGGAGGAGGACCAGCACUUUGGGGCUCGGUACUCCCUUGAAUCCUCACCCCAAGAUGACAAAAUUGAUGGCGGCAUUUCACAACACAACAAAACUGUUGGUGGUGUGGGAAACUGCAUAGAAAGACAAGGAGGAAGAUGUGGUGCUGUAGUGGACGAUGAAUCAAGCCCAAAAGUGACUUCUAAGGCAUCCAAGAGAGUUACUUGUGCUGCUACCAUUCUCGAGCCAAAAAUUCAUCUGGCGCCGAACUCUUCUAGCUCCAAUGUGCAGGAAUAUGAGAGGCAGUUGGAGGACUUCUGCAAUGCACCACUGAUGAAUAAGUUCUAUGAUGACGAUAUCCCCACUGCUCCUCCACUAGCUGCUGGCACUUUCACUGAUUCGAAUCAAGUUUCAACUUCUAGAGUACCCGAUGGUACAGCUGUGAGUUCUGAGACUUCAAGGAGUUCUACAGCUGAGGCUGAACCACCCCAAGUGUGUAAGAGCACAAUGGCAGGCUCUGAAGAAGCAGAAGCUCCCAAACUAUCUUUCAGGAAUGCUACGGCCGAUUCUGUAUCUUCUCAGAGAUUGCCUGUUCGAUUUCCUACAUAUCAUGCAAGCGGGCUCGGUUCUUGGUAUGCUGUUGUCUCCUAUGAUGCAUGUGUCCGGCUGUGUCUCAAUGCCUGGGCAAAGGGCAGCAUGGAAGCCCCUUACUUCUUAGAAAAUGAGUGUGCUAUUUUGAGGGAUGCUUUUGGGCUGAAACAUAUAUUGUUACGGCCAGAGGAAGAACUGAUGAUAAAAAAGUCAUCCGAUCUUGUUGGUGAAGAAAUAUUCGUAAAAGCCAAGACAAAGAAAACAAUUGGCAAAGUUAAAACUCAAGUGCGUAAAGUGAAAAUGGCGGUAGACCCGCCAGCUGGUUGCUCAUGUGCAUCACUAAAGUCAUCUCCCAUGGUGAAGUUGGAAUCUAUUCAGCUUCGACUAUCAAAUGUAAAAACAUCUGUAUCAUGUGAGAGGAGGGCAAGAAGAAGUGAGCAUGUUACCCCUAUUAUCCCUGCCAAUGGAUCAUUAUUACAUCGGACCAUGGCGUAUGCAAUUGUUGGAACUCGAAGAUUUUUAAAGGAGGUGCCUGAUAUUAUUAAAAUUGGCUUCAAUGCUUGCAGUAGUUCCUCAUCCUACGAACUAGUACCAGAAUCGUAUUCGUGUUCACUGAGAUUAAAGAGUUCAGCCAAAGAGGAUGCAGCAAGAAUGCAGCCAGGAUCUCAAGAAACUCGCAUAUUCUUUCCAGACGGACUAGGAGAUGACUUAAUAAUUGAAGUCCAUGAUUCGAAGGGAAAUUACUGUGGGCAUGCAGUUGUUCAAGUGGCCGAUAUUGCUGAAGAAUCGGGUGAGAAGCUCCGCCAGUGUUUUAUAUAUAGGGAACCAGAGCACGAACAAGUUGGGAAACUACAAUUAUAUGUUAACUAUUCAACAAUGGACGAAAAUAAACACAAGUGUGGAAUUGUUGCGGAGACCAUAGCAUAUGAUUGUGUCUUGGAGGCUGCGAUGAAAGUCCAGCAGUUUCAACAAAGGAACUUUUUGCUACAAGGUUCAUGGAAAUGGUUGGUGACUGAAUUUGCAUCGUAUUUUGGAGUUUCGGAUGCAUACACCAAACUCAGGUAUGUAUUAUAUGUUAUGGAUGUUGCCACACCGACAGCAGACUGCCUGGAUUUAGUGCAUGAUUUGUUACAACCUGUGACAAUAAAAAGCAAAAGUACACACUCGUUGAGCCACCAAGAGGCCCGUCUUCUGGGAGAAGUGUCUGAUGAAGUUGAACAGAUGGUUACUUUGGUUUUUGAAAACUACAAGUCACUGGAUGAGUCAUCACCCUCAGGAAUGCUGGAUGAAUUUGGACCAGCCACAGGAGAGCCGGCUCCAGCUCUUGUUCCUGCUUUUAAACUUUAUGAACUACUACACGACAUUCUUUCUCCAGAGGUGCAGUCAAGAUUAUGUCGAUAUUUUCAGAAUGCUAUCAGGAAAAGGUGUAAACGGCACCUGUCCGAAACUGAUGAGUAUGUAUCAGGCAGUAAUGAAAACUUAUUAUCAGAUCCAGCAGCUAUUUCCAUGGCAUAUAAGAAAAUGAAGUCACUUUGUUCUAACAUGCGUAAUGAGAUUCUUUGUGAUAUUGAAAUCCAGAAGCAGAAUCUUCUUCCCAGUUUCAUAGACCUCCCAAACCUUUCAUCUUCCAUAUAUAGCACAGAGCUCAACACUAGAUUGCGGGCAUUCCUUGUUUCCUGCCCUCCUGCUGGACCAACACUUCCAGUUGUGGAACUUGUUGUCGCCACUGCUGAUUUUCAAAGGGAUCUCUCUCUAUGGAAGAUUAGUAAUAUCAAAGGUGGAGUCGAUGCAAAAGAGUUGUUCCACUUGUAUAUUGCCGUAUGGAUCCAAGACAAGCGUCUUGCUUUACUUGAGCUGUGUAAAGUAGACAGGGGAAAAUCGUCGAAUCUACCGGCACAACAUUUGACGAUGUCUUUCAUUAAUGAUGUAUACAGUCGGCUGAAGGAGAUGCUGGCUGAGUAUGAGGUCAUCAUCAGUCGCUGGCCUGAAUACAUUUUUGCAUUGGAAUAUGCCAUUGCAGAUGUUGAGAAAGCUAUAAUGGGAAGAUUGGAGAAGGAAUAUGCCGAAGUUUUGGUCCCCCUGAGGGUAAACAAAAUUCCUCAAAAAUUUGGAAUCAAUUGUGUCCAGAAAUUUGCAAAGGGAAAUAUGCAUCCAUACACGGUCUCUGUUGAGUUGGGAGUUGUCUUGAAUACCAUGAGAAGGAUGCUUGACGUUCUACGGCCUCAAAUAGAAGGAAAAUUAAAGUCUUGGGGCUCAUGCAUACCUGGAAAUGGGGACAUGCUCCCGGGAGAGAGGCUAAGUGAAAUAGCUGUGAUGAUAAGAUCUAAAUUCCGAGCUUAUGUCCAAGCAGUUAUAGAUAGACUUGUUGAAAAUACAAAGCUGUAUAACGGCACAAAGUUAAAGAAAAUAAUCCAAAACACAAAGGGAAAUGUCAUGAAUUCGGAUUUGCGCCACAGGAUGCAGCCCCUUAAGGAGUUGCUGACUAACACAAUCAAUCAACUGCAGUCCGUGCUUGAAACUCAAGUUUUCAUAACCAUUUGUCGUGGUUUCUGGGAUCGAAUGGGCCAGGACAUGUUGAAGUUUCUUGAAGGAAGGAAAGAAAAUGAGUCGUGGUAUAAAGCCUCACGAAUCGCAGUUACUGUGUUGGACGACAUGUUUGUGUCCCAAAUGCAGCAGUUACUGGGCAAUGCGCUGCAGGAGAAGCACAUCGAGCCGCCACAGAGCAUCCUGGAAGUUCGAUCCAUGCUCUGCAAGGAUACUGCAAACUACAAGGGAAGUAACUAUUAUUAUUAGAAACCAGACAAAAUUUUGAAUACGAAUUUUGGUGGAAUCCUUGAUCUAGUAUGAAAUGUUGGCAGAAGAGAGGCAAGAACAGAGGAGAAAAACAAGAAUUUCACCAGGUUUGGGCAGGAAAUUAUCAGCCAAGCUCUCUUGGCUGUCUUGGUGUUGAAUUGAUGAAGGUGUGCUGUUUGUUAUAGGGAACACUGAAGUAAAGUAGUCUUUUACACGAGUGACAGUGAUGAUCUGUUUUCAGGUAAUGUUUGCAUUGCUAACCAUUUAUGCACUUCUCUUUUCAGUUUUGUUUUUCAUUUUUAUGAUGAUUGUUUGUAACUUCUUUGAUAAAGUUUUAGUACACAGUAAUAUUGUA